UGUUUGGAAUUCACACGGUGCGUUGUACGGGCACAUUGCUUAUUCUCCGAUAGUAUUGUGAAUGAAUCCCAGUUGUCAGUUGUCACUGUAUCCUGGGAACAAACCGCAUCGCUUAUUAUGGAUGAGGCUGACAAACGAAGCAUUGAAAAGCAAUCAACGGCAAACAAGUUAGCAAAACGAUGCGAGAUGCUGAGAAAUCACGAAGACGUAUCAGGUGGUCUCACCAUCACAUUGGCCGUCGGUAGUGGCCAAGUAGAAAUGAGACGUGGUCGCCGAUCCACGAGGCGUAGGCAGAAGAGACACAGGAGCCGGUCCCGGUCCAGUCGCCGUCGGGACAGGAGACGUAGCGUUAGCGGUACCGAAGAAAAAUACGAAGGAGACGACUAUGACAUGACUACAGACACUAAAGAAGGCGACGAUGACUCGUCAACUGUGGACACGACUUCCAGUCAAGAGGGCGAUGGAAGGGCAGUCGGCGACGUCGCCUUCAAUAUCAAACCAGUGGUAGUGACGACGACGAUAACACCGACGCAGAUGACACCGAUGCAGAGACCAACGCAGACGCUUCGUCGACCAUCGGCAGCGGUUGUGGCAUUUUCACAACAGCAGGCACCAAGUGCGGAAAUCCUUGUGGAAGCAGACGUCACCAGAGAAGGAGGAGAAGGAGUAGGUCCUAGAUUAGACGGAAACCGGGGUGCAAGAAGAGGAGGAGAAGAAGGAGAAGUAGUAGUGGUUACUGUGUCACCACAGGCAAACGGAAUAUUAGGCCACAUAUGUAUCACUUCGAAUAGCGCUGAACCUGACACAGCCGAUAGCACUCAGGGAGAUGCCUAA